AUGUCGCGCACCAAGUCGAGGGUUUUCUCUUUUCCUCCUCGGAAUGUGUCGCUGAAGUCAUGUGGCCUGGGCCGCGGGGGAUGGACGCGGGGACUGGCAGAGGCCCCCGGGCUCCGUCACCCCGGUCACGCGGAGUCGCUGAACUCGUUCGAGCAGCUGUGCAUCAACUACACCAACGAGAAGCUGCAGCAGCUCUUCAACCACACCAUGUUCAUCCUGGAGCAGGAGGAGUACCAGCGCGAGGGCAUCGAGUGGAGCUUCAUCGACUUCGGCCUCGACCUGCAGCCCUGCAUCGACCUCAUCGAGAGACCCGCGAACCCCCCCGGCGUGCUGGCCCUUUUGGACGAAGAGUGCUGGUUCCCGAAGGCCACGGACAAAACCUUUGUGGAGAAACUAGUUCAGGAGCAAGGCUCUCACUCCAAGUUCCAGAAGCCCCGGCAGCUGAAAGACAAAGCUGACUUCUGCAUUAUACAUUACGCGGGCAAGGUGGACUACAAGGCCGACGAGUGGCUGAUGAAGAACAUGGACCCCCUGAACGACAACGUGGCCACCCUCCUGCACCAGUCCUCGGACAGAUUCGUGGCAGAGCUUUGGAAGGACGGUAAGAACGCGCUCACGUUUGCAGUGACGCUUGACCGGAAGCUUUUCCAGUUGAGACUUCUAGAUGGUUCGUCUACGUAGAUCUGUGUCCAGAGAUUUUACUGUAAAAGUCGCUCUCCCUAGAGCAGGGCUGCCGCUAGACCGAAGUUACCCACGCUGGUGCCCACCCCUGGGCACCAGGACAUCUGCCCUCUUGGUCAGAUGCCAUGAGAGGUGUGGAUCAUUCUAGGGCCCAGUUGGGCUGUAGUCCCGGGCCACCGGAUACAAGACCAGAGAAGCCCCGCACGCGCUCUCUGUGUCCCACAGCUCAGCUGAGCUGCGUCUGCUCCAGGGGCGGCCCUCCACUCACACACAGUGGCCGCUGAGUAAAUUCGAGAACCUGCACAGAGAUCAGUUUUUCUUUCCAUCAGUCGCCACAGUUGUUUUGCUUACGUGAGCCUCAGGUACAGAGUUUGGCUGUCCGGUUGCAGACUAGAAGGUUGUAUUAGGACCAGCAGAACCACAUCCGUGAGUCUGUGCACAGUGGGAGGCGGUGUCUUCCGG